UGCGCGCGGCCGAUCAUUCGGUUCAGAUCCAGCUACAGAGACUGUCACAGCUUCGUGAUCUUUAAUAAUACCUGAGUUUAACCGGAGGUGUUUGGCAUCUGUUAUGGGCAGGACUCCGCUGUGAGAACCACCUCAUCCUCAUCACCCGCAGACAAUGAUGAAGAAGGACAUGGACCUGAGACUGGAGGAGGACGCGGACCUCAAGCCGCAUCUCCGCGACGCCGAGAGCAUCCUCAGCUCCCCGGACCUGGGGCUCCUGAAGCUGGCCUCCCCGGAGCUGGAGCGCCUGAUCAUCCAGUCCAACGGGAUGGUCACCACGACGCCCACCAGCCCCCAGUUCCUCUACGCGAAGACGGUGUCGGACGAGCAGGAGUUCGCCGAGGGCUUCGUGAAGGCGCUGGAGGACCUGCACAAGCAGAACCAGCUGAGCGGAGACGGGCAGAGCCAGAGCGGCAGCCUGGACCUGGGAGCCAACCUGGUCCCGGUCAGCCUCCAGCCGGACCUGCCGGUGUACACGAACCUCCACAGCUACGGCACCGGGCCGCUGGGAACCACCGUCAACUACACCACGGACACGGUGCCCUUCCCGCCGCCUCCGGCACAUCACCUGGGGGCAGCGCCGCAGCAGCCGGAGCUGUCGCGGGUUCCGCCGCUGAAGGAGGAGCCUCAGACGGUGCCCGACGUCCAGAGCUUCGGGGAGAGUCCGCCGCUCUCCCCCAUCGACAUGGACUCACCGGACCACGGUAAAGCCGAGAGGAAGAGGCUCAGGAACCGGAUCGCGGCCACCAAAUGCCGGCGGCGCAAACUGGAGCGGAUCUCCAGGCUUGAGGACAAGGUGAAGUCCCUGAGGAACCAGAACACCGACCUUGCGUCCACGGCGGACCUGCUCCGGGAGCAAGUGGCCCAGCUGAGGCACAAGGUCCUGAGCCACGUGAACAGCGGCUGUCAGCUGCUGCCACACGAGGUUCAGGUUCACUAGUCCGGGGAACGGAGCUGCCAGCGACCAGCACAUAAGCUCCAUGGACUCUCUGGUUCUCUAUGUAGCCCUGAGGUGAGCUCUUCAGGUGGGACACGAGCGCCAGGCCACGUAGGCCGAACUGUACAGUAAUAACCGGCUGCUUUGAAACGCUCUCACCCGGCUUUAAAACGCUCUAAACACCGGGGGAACAUGUGGUAACACACAACUAAAAGAUAAUCAGAGUAACAAUGAGACAGUCCUGUUGUAUUCGGAUCAUUUGGACAAGUUUUUUUAUCUAAAUGAAUUACCAGAAUCCACAUGUUUUAUCUGACGCGUCCGCCUGGUGGCGUAAAAGAGUCAACAUUGAGCAUUGGUUUAUUUAAUAAAAAAUAAUAUAUUGGUUUAUUCUACUCAAUGCCGAAAUAAAGAACAUGUGCUGUUGACAUGUUUUAUGUACAAAUUGCUGUUUUACCUAAUAUCUGUUUUUUACUGGGGAAGAAAGCAGCUUUAGAUUGAUAGUUUUUUCGAUGGAGUAUGGCCAUGGGGUUUACAGAUGGGGGGAAAGAGGCACUUAAUGGGGGCUAUGUGCUCAACUUCAGUAACAGACAUUUCUUUUCUUGUAAAAAUGUGUACAGACUGUCUUUUAAAGUCUUUGGACCAAGCAGAGUCACAAUAUUUCUAUGAGAAGAAUAUGCAUUGAGGCCCUGGAGACCUUCAUGUGUGAGGAACUGCCUGCGAGGAAGAUGCAUAUGCAAACCCACACUCGUUAUAUGAGGGAAAAAUCCUCAUACGUGACUUACAUUUUUCGAAGGGAACAAUUUUUGCAUGUCGAUGACAAACUGGAAUGUUGCCCACAGCCGGGUGUUGCAGGGCACAACAAAUCAGUGUUUAUCAUCUUUAACCUUUGCAGACACUUGUAAUUAUCUAUUUUUACUCUUCUGUGUCCUACUUCAGUGUGUUUUCACUCCAGUAACCUCUUUGUUGCACUGACUGUUUGUGUGUAGCUCCAACCUACAGUCAUUCGGCUUCGUGCCCCCUGUGUUCUGAAUUCAAUGCUGCUCGGUAAUAAAUAUUGUU